AGAAUGUAGAUGUAGCAAAACGUUUUGUUGGUAUAUUUAGCAUAUAAUUUUAUAAAGUCGCAAUACCUGGUCACAUCACAAGUAAAAGAAAACUUAAUUGAUCGCAUAGUUAGAAUAUCAUAUCAAAUAAUACAUUCCUAGACAGUUAAGGACCAAAUUUGUACAAAUGACCAUGAAAGACGAGCUUUUGCAUGAUCUUAAAAAGUGUAUCGUCAACCUCAAAACGAAAACAGACUUACUUCAAGCAUCCAAUGAGCCGAACAAUCAGUGGUCUUUGCAGAUAGCCGAAAACAAAGCCAGUGAGACAAUUAACUCAGGAAAAGAGGAGACCAAUUUGUUAAUUGAUAUAACACCAGAUGACCAAAAUUUAGUUCCAGCAGGUGAUAUUGCUGAGAACUCAGUUUCAGAUAGUUUCCGACAAGCUUCAGAGCUUGAAUCAAACUUGGCAUCGAACCAAUCACAAAAAGUGCCUUUAAACGAAAAACUAUCCCAAAAUGUAAACGGGUCGCCCAAUAAAAACAGAUACUGUCCACCUCAUAUAAAAAAGCUGGGCAUUAUCCGAGAUUCGGAACCGGAUUUGAGGAAGCUCUGCGUUAUGAUCGAAAAAGUGUUUCGACGUGGACUGAGACAACAGAACACAGUGUUUGGUAUUGUGAAAAAAGACUACUGGUCCUGGAUCGAGUUGUUAGCUGAGAGCAGAAUAAAUGUGAAUCCUCAUUUGCAGAUCAUAGUGAGCAAAAUCAAAGACUCUGGUAAGUUUCUAACCGCGCAAGGACGUGGUAGAUGUUUUAUCAGAGCUGCCCUGAACAAGAAAAUCUUAGCUCUUCCAAUUCAGUUGCUUUAUAAAAGUGGCGAGUUGUUGUACUCAUUAUAUGAUCCUCUGACAGCUAUUUUCACUAACGAGGAUUCAAGAGAGUUCAUAAUUGGAGUGUUUUCGCUGUUGAACAACAUGGAGUUCGAUUUGAGAAUCAGGAAUGCGAGCUUCUUAGAUGAGACGUGGGAGUUGCCGAUGUUUAGACAAAUUGAACUGGUUCCCUCAGAGGAUUUGGGGCUCACUAUUAGGUAUGUCCAAGCGAGGGCCCUAGUAGUGGACUUGGAUGAGUAUGGUGUGGCGGCCGAGGAUGGAAAAGUUCAGGUGGGAGAUGUGCUUGACGAAGUGCAUCAGGUGUCCGUGUAUGACUCCAAGCCAGGGGCCAUACAUCAGAUACUUCAGGACCACUCUGGCUGGCCAAUCACCAUAGGUGUCGUCAAGUCCAGAGUAGCCGUGCCCACGUCGGACAGGAACAGCGGGGGCGGUGAGAUGGAGUGGCACUUCUUCCCGCCCAUCGAGAAGAGACUGAAUGAGGUUUCCCGAGGGGUGUCCCACGCUUUCCCGAAAGUGAAAAAACUCUUGGAUUCCCAAGGAAAAGACCAAAAUGGGGCUUCAGUUGAGACUACUGUUUGUAUUGAAGGGAAGCAAUACUGGCGCUGUAAUUUCAUCGGCAAACGAGAAAUAGGGUCACAAGGGGGCUCACAGCUGAUCGAACCGACAAUCCAGUCCAUGCUCAAAGAGAGACAAAAGAAAAACGACCAACAAGUCUUCCUCGCAGCAUACGAAGCCGACGUCACAGUUCUCGCUUCCCGCAAGGAUCAGUCAGAUCCGAACUCGACGGCGUCAUCACUGCCGACUACUACUAGUGACCUUUUAUGGAACCACUCGUUUCCCGAAAUUAGUUCGUGUGGACGAAGAGUUGACUCUUCGGAAUGCUUUGCUUACAUAGUGGGAAAUGAUAUUUGCAAUGUUGCUACUCAGUUCACAGCUUAUUUAUUUGAAGCUCCUACCUCCGAAAUCAGCCGAGAGAUCCUGCAGAAUAUUGCACAGGGGUUCAAGCGUACGACUUGGCUUACAUAGUUCUUCCACAAAACAAGAAUUGUUUGAAUAAACUCAAGGCUCUUCUUAAAUAUUGAGUUCAAUUUUUUUCAAUGUUCAAUUGACAUUAUGGUUUUGUUUUCAUUGAAACAGAAACUCGAAUUUUAAUAUUCGAAAGUAAAUUUAAGAAAAGCCACAGAGUCGACAGCAUUAAUUUUGCUUCGCAAUUUAUCAGCCCAGUCAUCCUCACUUGUAUUAUCAUCUAGUAACUUAUCUUAUAAUAAUAUGUCUUCUGCAUGACUCAGCUAUUUUCUGUGUUAAAGAUCAAAAAUGGUCAAACAUGAAUUUAUGUGACGAAGAAAAUUUAACCUAUUGAUUCACCUCAUUAGCAGCUUUGAUAACACAUACGAGAGCAAGUAUAUUGUAACCGUGAGCUAGAUUUUUUUCUAUGAACAACUCUGUUACAAAUCUCGCGUGGAGGCUGAAGUUGUGAAUUCAUGGUGACAUGCAGAGACACGUGCAAGCUGAUGUUCAAAAGUUUUUCUGGAUUUUUGAAAUUCAUCUACUGAUUUUGAAUAUUUUUCUGUUAUUUUAUUGAAAAAAUGUUCUAGUUCUUUUUGAUUUUAUGCCUUCAGCCUAUGCUAACUUGCUUAAGACAGCUCCUUUGCGUAAAUUGGAAGGCAGAUUAAAUUUUGACUUCUGCGGUGUUUCUAGGGGGAUGGGUUUCAAGUUUGCCUUUCUAUGGCAAAAAUCUUGCUUCCGGCCG